AGUUGUUUUCUGUGACUACAUUGCCUCAUCUAAGAGUAUGGAAUUUGUUGAGGAAUAUAUUAAAAAGGAGGUAUUACCACUUCACAGUAACAUAUAUUCAGCUACCACAUUUGCAACACUCCAAUCAUCAUUCUUCAGAGAAGAAGCAAGAGACAUUCUCAGUAGUGCAGUAAACGCUUCCGAAGAAGAUAUCCUUUUGUUUGUGGGCAAUAGCUGUACAGGAGUGCUCAACAAAUUAAUUGAUAGUUUAAACAUUACUACCCCUCCUGUUGUAUUUAUUGGUGCCUGUGAACAUCAAUCUAAUGUGCUUCCAUGGAUAAAAAUAAAAUCCACUAUUGUUAGAAUUUCAGAAACUAAAGAAGGCAUGCUAGAUCUUACAGAUCUUGAGGCUAAAUUAAUAUUUCAUCAAAAACAUUCAAACAACAAAACUAUGAUUGGUUGUUUCUCAGCAGCCUCAGCAACAACUGGAAUUCUUGCAGAUGACAUUGCUACAACCAUAUUAUUACAUCAGUAUGGAGCUCUUGCUUUUUGGGAUUAUGCUGUUGCAGCACCUUAUGUAUCUUUAGACAUGAAUCCAAUAGUACCUGGAAUCAACCAAAAGGGAGCAUAUAAAGAUGUUAUGUUCUUCUCAGGUCAAAAGUUUGUGGGUGGUCUACAAAGUUCAGGUAUCUUGGUGGCUAAGAAAAUACUUCUGAAAACUGUUCCUCACAUUAACAAUGUUAUUUCCUCUUAUGAACUAAUAAAAGAAAACUUAGACCUUAAAGCAGAGGAAGUACAUCUCUAUGAAGACAAUGGAGCAUCUGGUGUUUUAGAAUCUGUAAGAGCUGGUAUUGCAAUGAAAAUUAAACAGACCAUUGGUGUUUCAGCUAUAAUGGAAAGAGAAGCAAAAAUUGUCAAAACUGUUUGUUCAUUUUUUCGUAAAAUACCUGAAAUUAUUCUUUUGGGAAGCACAACUCAUGUUGACAGACUGGCAAUUUUUUCAUUUAUGGUCCGUCACCCUAGAGGAAGUUUUCUUCAUCAUAAUUUUGUUUGUGCUAUCCUUAAUGACAUGUUUGGUAUACAAGCUAGAGGUGGUUGCACUUGUGCAGAAACAUACGCUCAAGAUCUAAUGGGGAUAGAAAAGAAUGUUGCAACUACCUAUGGAACCAUUCUUAAUGAAGAAAGCACUUAUGAUGUGAGGAACCAAAAGAACAUAUCUAAUUAUGAAAUUUUACGACCUGGAUUCACAAGAAUAUCCUUACCUUUCUUCAUGUCUGAAUCAGAAAUGGCUUAUGUUCUGGAAUCAAUCAAAAUGGUUGCUACAGAAGGAUGGAAAUUACUGCCUCAGUAUUUAUUGCAUCCUGAAACUGGUGAAUGGAGACAUAAUUCAAAUACAAUAUCACGAGAACGGAAAAGACUUGGUUCAAUUAUGUAUUCGAAUGGUAAAAUGUUAUUCCAAGAGCGGAAGUUAUCUGGAAUGAGCUCUUGUCCAGUUGACUUUAAUGAUUGUUUAAGAAUUGCAAGAAGCACUUUCAAUAAAGCAAGGAAGAUUGCCAGACGUUAUCCAGUUGCUGAUCAAUGUUCAUAUAUAGAUGAAAAGUUUAAAAAUCUUCGUUGGUUUAUGCUCCCAACAGAAGCUCAAGAUCUUCUUCUUGGAAAUUUUCAAAAUGUGAAACAAGAUGUUCCUUUUUCUCCUACUGUUUAUAAAGGUUCAAAACCAGAAAUAAGCAAAUUGUCAAUUGAUUGUAAAAAACCACAAAAUGUCAGAGAAACAGCUGAAUGUUUAUUCAGGGACCCAAGAUAUCUUCGUCAAAGAUCAGAGUCUAAUAGUCCAGCAAGAGAAGAGAAAGAUUCGAAACAUAAACAACUUUUGAGAGAACGUUGUUAUAGUCUGUGUUCUGCAUUAGUACCAGAAAACAACAAUAGAUUGAUGUCAUUCUCGAGGCCAAGGCUGCUUUCUGGAGGAAGUCAAGCAGAUUACACGGAUAGUGAAACAUCUUUACAUGGGGAUGAAUUUCGGGUCGCAACACCACCUCCUUGUUUAAGAAACACUCCAGAUUUGGUUUAUGUUGAAGGGAUUACCAAAGAACUUGCUACUGAAAUUAAAUCAGAAUUGCGAGAAGUUAUUGCUCAAGUUGAGGAUGUUUUGUCUGAAAAUAAUGAUUCUGAUCAUAAUGGACAUUAUUCUGAUAAAAGAGGGAGUGUUGAUUAUCAUAAUAUUUAUAAACGAAAAGCAUUUUCAUUGCCAAAUAAUGAUGAUGGUACUGCUUUCUCAAUACCAUCAAAUACUAUGAUGGCACAAAGACAAUUGGUUGCUUCAAAAUCUUGUUGUACUCAUAGUAAUUUGCCUACCACAAUUUCAGCAGAACGAUUUUCUGAAUACUUGGUAGGAUUUACUUCAGAUGUUGUGUCUGAAAUGAAAUCAGAGUUCAGGGAUGUUGUAAAUGCUGUUGAUGGAUUAAUAUCUCCAACACCUACCCAUACUGAAGAUAAGUCUGAAAAUGAAAACAGUUUGUCAGAAAUAGAAGCCAUUCCAAAUACAAAUCAAAGUUCUAAUAAUAUUAUAAAUUCCCAAGAUAGUGGAAUUAACCUUGCAGACAGAGAUUCAUCAUCCUCUGAAUUAAGUGAAAAAAUGUCAGUUUCAAGUGACGCCACAACAAAUGAAAAAACAUUUGUUCUUAGUGACAUGAAAUUAGAUGGAGCUUCAAGGAAACUAUCUAAUGCAGUUCUUUGGCAUUUACCUCCUAAAAAUGUUUGGAAUCCAACUUGUGAGGCAAUAAAAGAAUUUGACAUGAUUAAGGAAGGCGAUCAUGUAUUGAUUAGCUUGACAAACAAACGGGAAUCAUUUUUACUUCUCCAUACUUUACAUCAGUAUCAGUAUUAUUCUUCAUCAAAAGGGAAAAAUUUCUUCCUUGGAGUGUUUGUGGAACAUUCUCUUAAAAACAAUAGUGUUGUUUCUUAUUUAGAACCUUUGGGAGUCGAAAUUUACUUUGAAGAAAAAAGUGUUUCAGAGGACAAUUCUACAAAAGGAAAAAGAUCUGGAAAUUAUUUGUCAUACUCAUUAAAAAAUAAGCAGCUUUGUGAAUUGGCAAAGGCUAACAAUUUCAAUGUGUUAGCAUUGGGAAAUCAUCUUGAUGAUCUGGCAGAAAACUUUCUGAUGUCAGUUUUUUACAAAGGACACCUAAGAACAAUGAAAGCUAAUUUUAAAGUGCUUGAUGAAGAUAUAAGAGUGAUUCGUCCUUUUAUUUUUAUUCGAGAAAAAAUGUUGAAUAGGUUUGCUGAAAAUAUCAAUUUGCCAAAACGGAACUCAAUCACUUUUGAAACAUCUCAGGAGAGAAUAAGAAUAAAACAGCUGUUAUCAAAACAAGAAAUGUUAUAUCCUAAGUUGUUUCAUUCUUUGAAGUCUGCUAUGAUGCCACUUAUGUAUGAUAUUACUAAGUCAGAAGAGAAUAAGGACUGA